AUGUGGGGGGAAUGCUCCCGGCAGCAGCAGCGGCGCUCCCCUGGAUGGAGAGGGAUGAGGACGCUCCUGGGAUACAGCCCCCAGGGCCCCACCGCUGACUCCCAGGGCCGUGGGGAGAAGGGGAACCGGGAGGCAGAGGUUGUUGGGAUUUUGGGGAGCCCCGAGGGAGGAAUCUGUGUUGUCCCGGUGUUUCCUCCUGCCAUGGAGCCGUGGGUGCUGCUGGACCCGCGGCAGAAGGCUCUGUACCUCGAUGUGAUGCACGAGAGCUACGAGACCCUUAUGGCCCUGGCUCAGGGGCUGGUGAGUGAAAAAGCUGCAGAGAAUGGAGCAUCGGAGAACAGUGCUGGGCUUGCGCCGCACUCAUCCCGCAGCCCAGAGCAGGAGAAGCCCCUCGGCUCCAACAGGCGCAAAACAAAGCGCCCAGACAAAGCUGUGCCCCCUGGGAACCCCCAACCCACCGUGCUCCCCAAAAUCAGCUGUGCCAAAUCACCCCUGCGUGGAAAAGGACCAGCCCGAGAGCGGCCGUUUGGCUGCGCCGACUGCGGGAAGAGCUUCCCGUGGGCAUCGCACCUGGAGCGGCACCGGCGCGUCCACACGGGCGAGCGGCCCUUUGGCUGCCCCGAGUGCGGCGAGACCUACAGCCAGAGCUCGCACCUGCUGCAGCACCGCCGCACGCACGCCAGCGACCGCCCGCACAAAUGCGGCGACUGCGGGAAGCGCUUCGCCGUCGCAGCUGAGCUGGCGGCCCACGGCCGCGGCCACGCCGCCGACAAACCUCACAAGUGCGAGGACUGCGGGAAGGGCUUCGUGUGGGCGUCCCACCUGGAGCGGCACCGCCGCGUCCACACUGGCGAGAAGCCCUUCGAGUGCCCCGAGUGCGGCGAGGCUUUCAGCCAGGGCUCGCACCUCGCCAAGCACCGCCGCAGCCACGCGGGCGAGCGGCCGCACCGCUGCCCGGCCUGCGGGAAGACCUUCUGCCAGAGCUCCGACCUGGCGCGGCACCGCCGCGUACACCUGGGCAGGAAGCCCCUGCGCUGCGGGGACUGUGGGAAGCUGUUCCGGGCAGGGCCGGCGCUGGCACGGCACCAGCGGUGCCAUCGCCGGGAGCACUCGCAUCGCUGCGCCGACUGCGGGAAGGGCUUCGUGUGGGCAUCCCACCUGGAGCGGCACCGGCGCGUGCACACGGGCGAGCGGCCCUUCCCCUGCAGCAGCUGCGGCGAGCGCUUCACCCAGAAGGCUCAUCUGCUGCAGCACCGCAAGACUCACUCGCCGGAGAGGCCGUACAAGUGUGGCGACUGCGGGAAGCGCUUUGGGGAAGCACCGCCGUUCCUGGCACACCAGCGCGGCCACGCCGCGCACAAGAGCUACACCUGCGGCGACUGCGGGAAGGGCUUUGCCUGGGCCUCCCACCUGGAGCGGCACCACCGCGUGCACACUGGCGAGAAGCCUUUCGAGUGCUCCGAGUGCGGCGAGGCUUUCAGCCAGGGCUCGCACCUCGCCAAGCACCGCCGCAGCCACCUCCCCAAGGCCGUGGGGCCGUCGCCCCUUGCCAGGACACGGCUCGCUGGGGACGUGCCUGGAGCUCACAACGGUGAGGACUCGUAA